CUUUGUGAUCGAGACAGUUCACCAUGAUGAUGGGGAAACUCCUACAAUUUGGAAGAAGGCAAAUUCACACCAUCAUCUCUCGAGAAACAAUCAAGCCUUCCUCUCUAACCCCUUCUCAUCUCCAAAGAUAUAAUCUUUCCUCCCUUGAUCAACUCUUCCAACACACGUAUACGCCGCUGAUUCUGUUCUACCCAAACAAUGGCAAUUACACUUUAUCUGCCGAGGACAAAGCUCAUGUGAUGAAGAAAUCUUUGUCAAAGAGCUUAUCGCAAUACUAUCCCUUUGCUGGCAGGUUACCCACGCCCACAACACCUUACGUUGACUGUAACGAUGAAGGAGUGGUAUUUGUUGAAGCCAGAAACGAUUGUCAUCUGAAAAUGUUCGAACACAUUAGCGAGACUGAUGAAACUCUAGAGCAUCUUUUCCCUGAUGAUAUGGUCUGCUACAACUCACCUAGUAAUACGAGUCUUGUUGGGGUUCAACUCAAUCACUUUUCUUGUGGUGGAGUUGGUGUGGCAGUAUCUAUGUCACACGUCAUUGGUGAUGGCCGGACUCUAGGCGCUUUUUUUAGUCACUGGGCUUCGGUGACACGUUAUGGUUCGACAGACCACCAAGAGGUACUGCCACUCAAUCCUUAUUUCAUUCAUUCGCCGUCUACCGGGUCUCUUAUGCCAAAAGCUCAAGUUAUCAACCAAGGGCAUACCAAUCAUGUCGCCAGAAAAUUCGUCUUCCCUAACACAAAAUUAAUUGACCUCAAGAACAAGGUCAUUGCCAUGGCGGCAGCUGAAUCUACACCGCCUACACGGGUUGACGUUUUGACCUCUUUACUUUACAAAACUGCUGUUACAGCAACCACGACAACAUCAGGCUUCUUUAAGCCGUCAUGUUUGAUGAUUCCAAUGGACAUACGUAAGAAGUUUGUCCAAAAGCUGCCCCAAACUACUGUGGGGAAUUUCUUGUUGGGUAUGAUUGUACAGACCAGGCAUACGAGUGAAACUUCAUUAAGUGUAAUUGUUGAGGAGAUAAAGAAAGAGAAGUCGCAACUUCAAGGGAUACAAAGUGUGCAACAUGCUGCUGAAAACAUAACUUCUUUGAUGUCGAAAUUGAGGAACGGAGACUCAGAGGAUGUCACCAACACAAUAUAUGUGUGUUCGAGUUUUUGUGGGUUCUCAUAUAACCAAGCGGAUUUUGGGUGGGGAAAGCCUAUGGGUGCAACUCUUGCACUUAAAUCACUAGAUAACAUAGGGUUCGUGCUGAAGGAUACUCCAAAUGGUGAUGGUGUCGAGGCACUGGUGAUUCUGGAAGAAGAAGUCAUGGAAAUAUUUCAAAAUGAUAAGGAGAUGUUGUCGUUUUGUCAUAGUAACCAUAAUUAAAUUUUAUUUCUGUUCUACUAUUUCCUUUUUCAUAUGUACCAAUAAACGAAUAAGUAUUAAGGGACAAUAUUUUACAUUUCGUAUUUUAAAGUGAGAUGGACUGUUGGAAAA